UAGCUUGGAAUGCUGAUAUAUCGAUGGCACCUGCUGUUCUCGUGUUUGCUAUAGCAGUCCUUGCUGUUGGUCCUACAUAUUUUGAGAACCCUGGAAGAUUGUUCAACUCUACCUUCUCCGGGGCUUUCGUGUUACUACUCUAAUGCAACAUGCGACGGACUCCGAAAUCGGCCGCCUCCCUAAUGGCCAUUUCAAUUUAAUUGUCUCUGAAUACAGAGACAUGGCAACACUCCACCUCUUAGCACGCCUCUUGACAGCCAAUGGGAAGACAUUCCCAUGGAAGCAUCUGACGAAAGGCUUGCAAUCGCUGCUUGCCUGUGACCCGUGGUUAAUUGGCCACGCUAUUCGUCUUGGAUCAGAUAUAGCUGGCAACGAGCUUAAGAUCCCCAUGCGCAGUCUCACGACAAGAAGGCUUAUAUACUGGUGGGAGGUGUCGGCAGCCUUGGGCUUCAGAUUGCCCAGUGGAUGUACAAGAAUGGCGCCCGGGAAAUCGUCCUGACUUCGCGUUCCGGGUGCGCUGGAAUUCAGUGCAGGGGAGACAUUGCAUCUCAGCGUAUCAUCGCAUACCUCAAGAGC